CUCAAAUGCUUCCUUAUCUAAAGUGAAAGUGACGCUGCGCGCGUCGAAAUUCCAGGUGCGCUGUCACAGCAGUCGUCAGCUGUGUCUCUCGUGUGCUUUAGCAUUAGGAUGCGUUUUGGUCAUCAGUGAAGCAUUUUAGGUUGAAGAAUGCAGAAAUGGUGGAUGUACAAAAGUGGCCUUUGUUCACAGUGCUGAAUUCUCAGGAAAUCUCAUUGAUUCGACAAGCCUGUGUCUUUGGCACAUCAGGAAAUGAAGCCAUUUAUAUAACGCAUAAUGAUGAGGUGUAUGCCCUUGGACUGAACUGCAGUAACUGUCUUGGGACCGGUGACAAUCAAAGUACAAUUGUGCCAAAAAAGUUGGAUGUGCUGUGCGGAAAGAAGAUCAUCCGCUUCAGUUAUGGCAGUGGUCCCCAUGUCAUACUUGCAACUGAAGAUGGAGAGAUCUAUGCCUGGGGCCAUAAUGGGUAUAGUCAACUUGGUAAUGGAACUACAAACCAAGGCAUCUCCCCCAUACAGGUGUCUACCAACCUUGUUAACAAAAAGGUGACAGAGGUGGCCUGUGGCUCUCAUCAUUCAAUGGCUUUGACAUCAGAUGGAGAGGUGUUUGCAUGGGGAUAUAAUAAUUGUGGUCAGGUCGGCUCAGGAUCAACAGCCAAUCAACCUACUCCUAGAAAAGUAUCAAACUGUUUACAGAAUAAAGUAGUUGUUGGUAUUGCAUGUGGCCAGACGUCUUCUAUGGCUGUUCUAGAUAAUGGGGAGGUAUAUGCCUGGGGAUAUAAUGGGAAUGGACAGCUUGGGCUUGGUAACAGUGGGAACCAGCUGACUCCAUGUCGUUUGACAGGAUUACAGGGAUAUUGUGUGCUUCAGAUUGCUUCUGGUUAUGCACAUUCCCUUGCAUUAACAGAUGAGGGCUUGCUGUAUGUUUGGGGAGCUAACACUUACGGGCAGCUUGGCACAGGCAAUAAGGUUAAUCAGCUCAGCCCUGUGCAUAUCAUGGUGGAAAAAGAAAGGAUUGUGGAAAUUGCAGCUUGCCACUCUAGUCAUACGUCUGCUGCAAAAACUCAGAAUGGACAGGUGUAUAUGUGGGGGCAGUGUCGAGGCCAGUCUAUUGUUUUGCCCCAUCUUACUCACUUUUCAUGCACUGAUGAUGUCUUUGCCUGCUUUGCCACACCAGCAAAUAUGUGGCGCAUGCUGUCCAUAGAGCAUGAUGACUUUAUGACAAUAGCCCAGUCACUGAAAAAGGAGUUUGACAACCCUGAAACCUCAGAUUUAAAAUUUAGUGUGGAUGGAAAAUACAUUCAUGUUCACAAAGCAGUCUUAAAAAUUAGAUGUGAACAUUUUCGGUCCAUGUUUCAGUCUCAUUGGAAUGAAGAUCUGAAAGAAGUAAUAGAAAUUAAUCAGUUUUCCUACCCUGUGUACAGAGCUUUCCUGGAAUAUCUUUAUACUGACAAUGUGGAUCUGCCUCCUGAAGAUGCUAUAGGCUUACUGGACCUGGCAACAUCAUACUGUGAGAAUAGGCUAAAGAAAUUAUGUCAGCGCAUCAUUAAAAGAGGAAUCACUGUUGAAAACGCCUUUUCACUGCUCUCAGCUGCAGUCCGAUAUGAGGCAGAGGAUUUAGAAGACUUCUGCUUCAAAUUUUGUGUCAAUCACUUGACUGAAGUCACUCAGACUGAGACAUUCUGGCAGUUUGAUGGCUGUUUACUUAAAGAGUUCAUUUCCAAGGCCAGUAAAUGUGGAGCCUUCAAAAAUUAAAUGAUAUAAAUACAGGCUUCUCUUUAAUCAUAUAUAUAUUUUUUUAUCUUGUCUAAUGCUUAUUUCCAUGGAGUUCCUCUUCUUGACAGCUGUUGGUGAAUUUUUGGAUGAAGUGCUGCACAUCAAACUGCAUCGUUUAAUUGCUUUUUGGAUUUUUGUCAGCAGUGUACAAUAAAUGUACAAUUUGCUGAGGCUAAGUUACUCUGUAAACAGAUGUAAAUUAUACAAAACCGAUAAUGUAACCUGAGUUUUGAAAGUCCAGUUACUUGGGUAGCUAACUCUGAGGUAGUAAUAAGGCAACACUAUGAAGCAUCUUCCCCCUUGAUUCUGAAAGAUAUCAUGCACUUGCACUAUAAAAAAUGUAAAUAUAAAAUAUAUCCAGUUGUAACUAAGGAUAAACUGUACUAAUUGGAAAUUACAAUGACUGUAAAUAAGUUAUUCUUACAAAAUACGUGUAUAUAUUUAAAGGUUUUGUAACACAAUGAUUACACUGAAUCUAUAUGUUUUUCCCAUUUUUUAAAACUGUGACUAUACUGUUAAUGUAAGUUUUACUUAAUGACUUUUAAGAAAAGAUAAUUUUUCUUAAUUGAAUCAGUUUUCCUUGUACCAUUAAUUUUAAAGAAGUAUUAUUUUAAGACAAACUGCACACUAAGCCUUCACCUGACUCCAGUGUGGAUCUGAAAUUGACAUCUAAGGGUACUAAAGUUGCAUUUUAUCUUAAUAGUCAAGAGUAGGUAGGUCAUUGCUAUAAAUGUAGUGGUUUAGGAUAUGAAAUUAAAGGCAUUUUGAUUUAUUAUUUCAUAAACAUCUGAGCAUUUGCUUAAGUAUGAGUAAUAACAAAUUUUAAGAAAAACAUGACUCUAACAAGUUUAUGUCAUGAAAAAUGUUACAUUUUGUAAAUAUAAAGCCUUCUUUGAGUUAUAUUUAUUUUUAGGUGAAGUAAAAUUAGUUUGAGACACAUUUUUGUUUAACAAAGUGAAGCUUUUUCAGUUUUGACAAAAUUGAUUAGGUGAAACUUCUGUAACUGUUCAGUAUUCAUUUUUGCUCAGACUUUAAAGUCUGUUUUUAUCUCUGAGAUGCCUUGUGAUAUUCAGUUAUGAACCUAAUCAGUACAGUAUUUCAAAAUUUUCUCCAUAGACAAAAAACCCAUUACUACAUUAAGUGGAAUUUAGCCAAAAUGCUUGUCUUUGUUUCACAUAUACUCAAGUAAAUAAAAUUCUUAAAAAAAUUAAAAAUACCUUAAUAGUAAAAUAUUACUGUAGAUUUUUAUAAGUUGUGUAACAUUUAAUGAUUUUGUUUAAUCCAUAAAUUAUA